GAGGAUGUCCAGAAAGGGUGACCGCGGAGGCGAAGAGAGUUAGUUGCUUGUGUUAGCGGAUUGCAGAGGUCCCUGAGCCGGUCCCAGUGGCUGCAGAGCAGAGGGCAGGCCGAGGGGGCCGAGGAGCGAAGGGAUGAUGGCUGACGAGUGAAAAGGAGGAUUUUGAGAUACGCGUUGCUCGAACAACGAAGUGGAGGGGCGGAGAUGUUGUUCUUGUAAAGCUCUCGUGGAAGAGAAUUUCCCGAGUGGAGUGAGCUUGUGUGAGAUUGAGCUCAGGAGUGAAGUAACGAGUUACAGGACAAGUUGCCCGGGCCCCGGGCGAUUAGAUUUGAUCCACAGGUCGGGGAGGGAAGGCAGGCAGGCAGGCGGCAGUCGGAACAUACGCGAGAAAGUGUGACUAUGGAGAUUGUGUCGCAUCCUGUUUCUCGAGGAGCUAGCACUCGUGCACUUAGUCGAUCCAGGCGAUUUGGAAGGGAGAGGAAUGGAUAAUAGAAGUACCUGAAUUGGUCACAGCUGACAUCAGAAGCUCUUGUACCAAAAGCGGUAGCAUUAGUUUUAGAGCAGGAGCUUCUGCGGGUUACAUUCGCAGUUUUGGUGUUUGUUUUCUGCUCUUUAGAGGUCAGUGAAGAUGGGGAUGAUGGAGAUGGUCUUGAAGCAUCCAGAAGAGCUUCCAGCAUUGUUGAAACUGCAGCUCGCAUCUAUGCAGGCAACCAGGUUCCUGCCGCCGGAACCGCAUUGGGCAUUUUGCUAUAAGAUGUUGCAGAAUGUGUCCCGCAGCUUCGCAAUUGUCAUCCACCAAUUGGGUCCUGAGCUACGCAACGCUAUUUGUGUCUUCUACCUCGUCCUCCGAGGCCUUGACACAGUUGAGGAUGAUAUGGCUAUACCAAUCGACACGAAGGUUCCAAUUCUCAAAGCCUUUCAUGAGCACAUCUAUGACACUUCAUGGCAUUUCAUCUGUGGGGAGAAAGAUUACAAGGAUCUAAUGACUGGUUUUCAUCACGUUUCCACGGCAUUCUUAUCGCUUGCCAAAGGGUAUCAAGAAGUUAUCUCUGAAAUGACACAGCGAAUGGGGAACGGGAUGGCCAAGUUCAUCGAAGUAGAGGUAGAGACCAUCGCAGACUAUGACGAAUACUGUCAUUAUGUGGCUGGGAUUGUCGGACUUGGACUGACUCGACUCUUUUACGCCGCGGGACUGGAGGAUUUUGCUUUGGAUGUACUUUCAAACUCUAUGGGUUUGUUUCUCCAGAAAACAAACAUUAUACGAGAUUACUUGGAAGACAUCAACGAAAUACCUGCACCUCGUAUGUUUUGGCCUCGUGAAAUCUGGGGCAGAUAUGGGACGGCACUUGAGGUCUUCAAAGAGGAGGACCGAUCUGAAGAUGCUCUGCGCUGUCUGAAUGAUAUGAUUACCAAUGCUCUCAAGCAUGGUCCCGAGUGUUUGCAGUACAUGUCCGCCUUGCGUGAUCCUGCAAUUUUCCGGUUCUGUGCUAUUCCUCAGGUUAUGGCGAUAGGCACGUUGGCUCUCUGCUACAACAACAUUCAUGUCUUCAGAGGAGUUGUCAAAAUUCGUCGAGGACUUACUGCAAAAAUUAUGGAGGGCACCAAGACAAUGUCCGAUGUCUACGCUGCAUUCGAUGAUUUUAGCGGAAUUCUAGCAGCGAAGAUCGAUAAGUCUGAUCCUUCAGCAGUUCUGACACAAAGAUACGUUGAUGAGAUUCGAACAGCUUGCAAAGCCCGUUUUCUCAACAAAACCAAGAGAAAAACUUUCUCAAUUGAAAGCAAGACGGGUCAUGAGAUAUGUCUGGUUUUGGCUAUAUUGCUCCUCGCGUUAAUAAUGAUCCUGAUAGUAUGGCGCUGAGGAACUUUCAAGAAUGUGUUCUUUCGACUUAAGCAUUUCCUUUAUCUCAAGUGUGCUGCAGGAUGUCACGGAGAAGUUUUAGAGCCCUUUCGUAGAGUUGGACUGCCAAUAUGUGCCAGUUCAGGGACAUUCUUGUGUGGUCUGAUUUUUUUUGUAUAUUAGCUCCUGACAUCGAAUUCGCACGCUACUCGAAAUUAGUUAACAGUGGACGUUGGUUCUAUUGUGCCAUUUCCUGUUACAUUUUAUGUCAACUGUCAUCCAGUGCAGAGCCGAGAGUAGUUUCUUGUGGAAUGGAGUACAUUCUUAUGGUAGGCAAAAACACAUCGUACAGGUCCAAUCUACCUUUUAAACAGCAGUCAGAACCGAUCCAUGCCCCUGUCCACUCGUCUUGAAAGAGCUUCGUCCACGUUUUUGCUACUGAUUCUUUCUUUGCUACUGGCAUCUGGAUCACAUGCGGGGAAACACUUCAGUUCAAAGUUGCCACCAUCUUCCACCACUUUUUGGAUACAUGAUUUGCUCUGCUCUGCAGUCUCUUAUGCCUUCACAUGAUUCAAAAAAGCUGUUGAGCAGAUCAUGGUUAAUGGGCAGAGAUAACGCAUGUUCGCAUACCAAUAACAGCGAGGCUUUUACUUUGUGCUAGUAGGUGGGCUUCGAUUCCCCAAGUUGGCUCACGGAUUUAGUUACAUCUUUGGAAUGUUCAGUGGAUAUUCAUCUGAAAUCUCGAUGUCCUCCAGAAGUUCGAAUCGUUGCAUCAUAUAGGGCAUUUCGUAGUGUUGUGUGAUAUCAUCCCUUUUUCCCCAGAGGAUGAUCGUGGCGCAACUUUUAGGCCGUCUUGUUGGUAGAAAGUUGGACAGGACGUAAGAACCCUUCUAUCAACGACCUGCUGUUGGUUCUGGAUCAUUUUAAAGAAAACGAUCAAACUGCUUUGCUGAAAAAUUCAUUCCAUACAACUAGCUUCAAUAAUUCAGCUCGUCCAUCUGCCACUUGUCGUCGUCCUACGCUCUCCUGAGCUAUGGGGGUUUCUGUUAUCUUUGGCGUUCUCAAGCUUCCUCCUAUGAGUAAUAACUCAGGGCCUCUCUGGUUUCGGAAA